AUGACAUUGAAGCAGUGUGAACAAAAAAACUAUAAUGAAUUUUCUUUUAAAAAUAAGGAAAGUUAUAAAAAACGUAAGCAACAGGAUAUAAAGUCAGAUGAUUUAUUAGAGCAAGAGACAGAUGAUUCAUUUAUUUUUUCAAUCGAAGAUCUUGAAUCUUACAUAAAAUCAAAAUUUGCGCAAUCAAAAGAUGAAAAUUUAGAAAUAGACUUUAGCGUAAUUGUAGAUCUUGAAGAAAAUUUAAUUGAAAGUAUAAUGGAUAGCUCUAGUAUUAGUAAGGAAUCAUUUGAUAAGCUCAAAAAUAUUUUACUUAUUCCUAUAUUCCGUGUUGGGGCUAAAAAUAUCAGAGAGCUUAUAAUUGAUUCAACUUUUAAAACCAAUAGCGAAAAAUUUGAAUUAUUCGCUAUUAUGUUGAAUUGUGAAGGCUUUGGAAUCCCGCUAGCAUAUUUUCUUCUCAAUACUCAAUAUAAUUCUGUAGCAACUAUUAAUGAUGAUGUUAUAACUAGAAGUGCCGCAUUAAGAGAGUUUUUUAAAA